AUGAAACUUCGUCUUGACGGAGACAUAAUAUUUGGAGGGCUUUUCCCGAUGCACGAAAAAGGUCAGAAUGGUGCGAAUUGCGGUGAUAUCAAGCGUGAAAAGGGCAUUCAACGUCUGGAAGCGAUGUUAUUUGCAGUAGACAGCAUUAACCGUGACCCUGAUAUACUGCCAGGUCUAAAAAUUGGCGUCCACAUCUUGGAUACUUGUAGUUUUGACACAUACGCGUUAGAGCAAUGCAUGGAUUUUAUCAAAGCCCAAAUGACGACCACUGACCAUGCGGAUUACAAAUGCAAUGACGGUCAGGCUCCAAAAUACAUCCAACUGAAGCCUGUUUCUGGUGUGAUCGGGGCUGCAGCGAGCACAGUGUCCAUUAUGGUAGCUAACAUUCUCCGUUUAUUCAAGGCGGUGUCUGUGGAUGUGCAUCACUCCAGGUACAGGGCUUAA